AUGUCGACAGGUCCAACCUUGACUGAUAUACCUAAUGAGGUGGUGCUAGAACAUCUACUGCCCGUAUUGGAUCUGAAGAGUAUCAUUUCUCUUUCUUCCGUGAAUCGUCAAUUCAAUGAUCUGACAUCUGAUCCGACAUUUUGGCGAACAAAGACAUUAAACGAUUUCACUUUCCCAAGCACAUCUCAUCCAUCAUCAUCCAAUAGGGGAUGGUGGAAACGAGUUUAUCUGGGAUUAUUGAGUCCAAAAGCUUUCGUUUGGGGAUCAAGUGACAAUCAUAGAUUAGGAGGUGCAGAAAAAUCAACGACGAUAGUUAAUAGUAGAAAUGGUAGAUUUAUCGAUUUACCUACUGAAAUUAAUUGGAAUAACAACAGUGACAGAGUUGGGAGAUCAUGGAAAGAUGAAUUGAAAGAUAGUUUGACUACUGCUCUCAAAGGUUUCUCAAGUCAAUCCAUCUCAACCUCGUCAAUAUCCUCGAAUGUAAAUAUUGUCAGGGAAGGAAUAAUAGGAGAAGGAGGUGUGGUGGAAUUACAAGCUGGAGGAUGGAGCUUCACAACUAGAACAAGUGAUGGUUCAGUUUGGGUAUGGGGUCAACUAGACGGUUCUAGACCUGGAUUUAGAUCACCUUCAUGGGAAGAUAAAUAUUGCCCAUGUCCCGAACCUACAAAAAUCCCACUACCAUGUAAAGCAGAAUCAAUCUCUGCUGGAAGAAGACAUUUAUUGAUUCUCGAUUCGGAUAAUUUGAUAUGGGAAUUAACAUCUUGGGGAAAGGCAUACCACCAUACUUCUCCCGAACUCACUUCUCCUUCAGGUCAUGGUAUAACCAAAUCUCCACCACAUAUAAUCCAAUUAUCUACCGGCUGGGUACAUUCAGCCGCUUUAUCAAUUAAAGGUGAUAUUCAUAUAUGGUAUCCUUUUUCUUCCACAUACGAAAAUGCUUUAACGAGAAAUGAAGAUUUAAGUGGACCGCUUAAUAACCAUAACGAAGAUGAAAACCAAGAUCAAGAUCGAAGUCGAAAUGAAGUAAAUAUCCCAGAUGACGGAAGAGGAUUGAAAUAUGGUAAAGUAGGAAAUGAUGUUGUACAUACUUUACCUCCAUUACCCCUUCGACCACAAACCGAUACCACGUCGCCUACCACUCUUUCUUCUCACACGUCCGACAGCGGUGCAGCACGAUUCGGGACUAAGAGACUGCAGGAACUGAGUAUCGAAUGGCAAGAAUAUCAAUCGUCUCGUUCAACAAAGAUUAUAGAAGAAGAGCAGAAGAUAAUCAAGAUUGCAAGUGGCGAAGAUUUCGUUGUUGCACUCAAGAAGAACGGAGAGGUUUGGUUGACUAAAGUGAAAGAAGGAGAAGCACCUUACUGGCAAUAUAUGCAAUAUUUCUCAUCACCUUCAAUAACUCAUAUCACCGCGCAAUUCCGUUCUUUCACGACAUACGCUACACCCACCGCUACUUCUAGUAAAUCAGCAGUAUAUCAUACUAUCAUAUCUGAAUACUCGGCCAAUUUAGGGGAAAGAACUUUACCUAAACAAUUAGAAUCAUUACAGAAUAAAGGCAUAAUCCAAGUAGCUAUUGGAGACUAUCAUUAUGCUGCGUUGACUGAUAAAGGUGAAAUGUUGACUUGGGGUCAAGGUGAUUCAGGUCAAUUAGGUAGAGGAAAAGAUAAAUCAGGUUCAGAACCUGUUAAAGUGAUUUUUCCUCAAGAGCGUCAAUCUGAACGUAACGAACAACAAGAUGAAAGUUUCGUGUUUAGUAUAACUGCUGGUGGAUGGCAUACCGGUGCUCUGGUCCUGGGCGAUCUGAAACCAAGAUCCAAGGAUCAAAUUGUAGAACAAAAAGGUGACUUAUCCAUUAAUCAAGUGAAGCAAGACAAUAAAGAUAUUGCAGAAGAAGAACAUGGUAAUAUGCCAGGAGGAUUCCCAUAUAACAUGAAUCCUGUUCCGGUCCCACCUAACAGAGGCGGCAGUCAAAUAAGAGCUAUGCCUUUUUUUAGAGUAGGAUUCGCAGGAAGAGGAGCAAAUACCGGUGGUGCAGGAAGAGGUAAUCACACUACGCAAGAUCAGGAUCAAACCCAAGGUCAAGGGGCAGGUGUAGUACCAGGAGCGACAAGAGGAGAUGGGCCGCUCUUCCGAGUUGGAUUCGCGGGUAGGGGCGCGAAUACUGCAGCGGGACGAGGUAGAGGUGCUGGCGGUAACGAGACUCAUGAAGCAAGAGAUGGGACACCUGAGCAAUGGUAA